AUGUCAACAGUUCACGACGUAGCAAAAGCUGGAUUUGGCACUGGAACGAAUGAACUAUACGACAGAGCACGACCCAGCUAUCCGCCUGAGGCUCUGGAGUUUAUGAGAUCCAAUCUAUCACAGUCAAAGACUCCACUGAGUGUCGUGGAGAUUGGCUCCGGAACGGGCAUCUUCACCAGAGCCCUUUUAGCCCAUCCUGCCUGGAAAGUUCUCGUCCAAACGCUGCGCGCCGUCGAGCCAUCAGAGGGGAUGCGCUCAGUAUUUCUACAGAAGACUCAGGAUCCGCGGGUCUCUUGUGACGAGGGCACAUUCACUCAGACAAACGAAAGUGACGAGUCGGCAGACGUCCUCUUUAUUGCACAAGCAUUUCACUGGGCGCAUCCAAACUAUGAUGAGGCAAUGAAGGAAAUUGCAAGAGUCCUCAAGCCGGAUGGAGUGGCAUUCUUCAUCUGGAACAUGGAAGAUAGGCAAACAGGCUGGGUGGCAAAAGUUCGCGAUCUCUACGAAGCAUACGAAGAGGAUACUCCACAAUUUCGCUUGAACAAAUGGGAGGCGACAUUUCAAACACCUAGUUAUCUUUCCCACUUUGAUGCACCAGUGCGCUUCGAAACCGAGUGGCAUGUGCCCACCACCAUUACAGGUGUACAAGAACGUGUGUUAAGCAAGAGCUACAUCACACAGAUACCUCCAGAAGCAAAGUCCAAGUUGGCUGAGGAAAUUGAGGCCACUCUGCGGGAGAGUGAAAAGGCGUGGAUUCAGGAAGAGGCAGGGAUAUUCGAGUACCCAUACAAGACCACCGUUAUAGCUAUGAAGAAGUCGAAUUAG